AUGGAGAUGAUGCCACACAAUGUUCAACUUUAUUUACAACAAUGCGAGAAACGAUUUGAAAAAAUUGAGAAUAACAUGAGUUAUCUAACAGGUAACCUAGAUGUUCUACAACACGACCAGUGUUUCAAUUCUGUCAAAAUAGAUGAACUAACAAAAAAUCAACAUGUUCUGCAACAGCAACAUAAUUCUGCUGCUGUCAAGAUCGAUCCAACUAUCAAACAACCAAGAUGUUCUACAAUUGAUGAAGUGGAACAGCUCCAAACAAGUCAAAAAGCUGCCCAACAAAGUGUAACAGAGGGUGAAACUAGUUCUUAUUGUAAUAUACUAUUAAUUUAG